AUGGCCUCCGCCCCCGAGCCAUGCAAGUGCGUCCGGUUUGCCCACUGCCCCCACAUGACCAUGGAGACAGCUGUCUUCAUCGAGACUCUCCUGACACUGUGUGUUGAGGUGCGGUGGUCCCCCUACAAUUAUAUUCUCCACCCAGGAUCAUGCAGCAGCUGGAAGGCUGAAACAGAUAAGGAGUAUCUGAGGUGCAUAGAGCAGACACUGUUCUUCAAGGAUAGGCGGCUCAGCAUGAUUCUGGACGGUGGUGGGACCUCACCAACCUCAUUCACACCAAGUACCUGCAGUUCUUGUCCAAGUCAUUUCCAAAGAGACCACAACGGGGUCCACAACCUGUAUAAGGUCAUCGCACAGAGUCCUGAAGGUGCCUGCCAUCAAUGGUGA